GAUCCUAAUACCACAAGGAAUCUGACAGAGUUUGAUCCUAAUACCACAAGGAAUCUGACAGGGUUUGAUCCUAAUACCACAAGGAAUCUGUCAGGGUUUAAUCCUAAUACCACAAGGAAUCUGACAGAGUUUGAACCUAAUACCACAAGGAAUCUGACAGGGUUUGAUCCUAAUACCACAAGGAAUCUGUCAGGGUUUAAUCCUAAUACCACAAGGAAUCUGACAGGGUUUGAUCCUAAUGCCACAAGGAAUCUGUCAGGGUUUGAUCCUAAUACCACAAGGAAUCUGUCAGGGUUUGAUCAUAAUACCACAAGGAAUCUGACAGGGUUUGAUCCUAAUGCCACAAGGAAUCUGUCAGGGUUUGAUCCUAACGCCACAAGGAAUCUGAAAGGGUUUGAUCCUAAUACCACAAGGAAUCUGACAGGGUUUGAUCCUAAUACCACAAGGAAU